UAAAUAAAUGAAUCAACCCACAUCAAUUAUAUAAUCGUAUACCAUGUUAGGCUUACUCCGUGUUAAUCCGGUAAGUCUGCUACAUUUGUAGUCCCAUGAUAGUUAGCUAACCGUUAAUAAAUCCGCGGACGUUAGCCAUUCAGCUGAGUCGUGAGUUAAUUUUUAAUUUUACAGUUUUAGUUUAUUUGUCAUAUCCGUUGAUGCUGACUAUUGAAUUUUUAUUUAAAGAGUUAUAAUCGGAGUGGUUAUUCACAUUCGGCUGGGAAUACUAAUUGCUGGCGGUAGUAAACCAUUUAUUAUUACUAUCGGCUUGGAUUUAAUAUUAUGACCUUGUGUGGUCUUAGUCUUACUUUUGACUCAAAAGACUUUUGACUUUUGUCUGCAGGGUAUACAAGAGGAGGACUGGAGGUAUCAUAAUCAUAUGCCUGUAUUAGCCUUACUUAAAGCUUAUAAGUUAUAAGGAUAAGCCAUCAAUCUGCGCAGCUCCCCAAAGUGUUUUACAGUAAAACCAAUGAUUAUCACAAAUUAUCAGGACCAUAGCAAAAGUGGUGCUAUUUGCCGUGAUAUGCUAUUCACAGGUUCAGCCAGUAUGAUGAUCUCCCUCAAUAAUUUGAAAAGAUGAUAUAUAUUUAUAUAUAGAAGAGAAUAGCACUUAAUAACCCUAAAUUACAGAUUUUAACUUUAUUCUUUUAAAACAACAAUUAAAAUUAUUUUAUUUUUCAACUACGAUCAUUGAGACUGAGAAAAUCAGUACAGGUAUGCGCAGUCUGAAAAAUGGCCUCUGAUCAAGUUACAGGCCACCACUGAGGAAGAGAAAAUGAGUCUAGUGACAUUGACAGUCGAGAGAAUUUAUGUCAAAAUGUGGAGACGGGAGUCAUAGAAUUAGGACUACCACGUGAAAUGGGAUGGAACGAAAAAAAAUUUGGGGGGGGGGCAGACCUGUUUACUCUUACGAUUUUGGCGUACAAUGUACGAUUUUGAGGUGUAAACAUUAUAUACACUGUAUGUUUAUUUUUUACUAUAAAUAUAAGGUAUUGAACGAUUUUGUGAUGAUAUUGUACGAUUUUAAGGGUUUGAGGGUAAACAGGUUGGGGGGGUGGGGUGUGUGAUCUUAGUAAAUGCUCCAGGGCAGGGAAUCUUAACAUUUUGGCAGCGCUGCAGCCCACUCCGUUUUAAAAAUUCUCCCCCCAACCCGACCCCCAAAUUGUAUAAAUUAUAUUGUAAUCAUUUAUAUAUAAUAUAUAAAUGAAAGUGAACUUUUUAUAACAAUCCGUUUGGGAAUUCGUUUUCUUUUCGUAUAUGAGCUAUAUAAAUAAAAUGACCAACAAAUACUCCUACAUGAAUAGAUGGAUCUUGAACAAAGUUAGUACACAUACACUUUAUUAUCCAUAUUAAUAUUAAAAUAUUGAAGGUUGCUGAACUGAUAAUAUUCAUUCCUUUGGGGCCAGGGGCCCCAUUUAAUUUUUCCUUAUUUAAGUUAUAUAACUAUCAAUAAUCAAUAGGCUUAGACAAUACUAUAGGUUCUAUAUGAAUUGAUGGAUAUAGGCCAAGCUUGGUAGCAAUACCCUUCAUUGCCCAUAUUGAAAUAUCGGUGGAUUUAAAAUAAAUAAUAUCCAAGCCUUUCUGGGCUGGUCCAGACAUUCCAGAAAGCUCAGUAAUUUUAAAAAGGCUAUAUCCAUGGAAUUUUCAAGCUGAUUUUAAUGGGACAACUUUCAAAUUUUAAUUUUACUUUUUAUAAAUUAUCAGAACGAUUUUUAUAAGGCCCCCUCUAUCAGACAUAGGUAAAACAGUACACUUAUGGAAUGGGCCCCUCUUUCUUCUUAAAUUUACUAUAUAGUAGUGCAUUAAGUUAUAAUUUUUCGUAUUCGAAAAUUGUUACGUUGAAAAGUAAUUUUUUACAUGUAUUAAGGAAGAUAUUAAAUUAAAUCUAGAAUGUUCCAGAACGUUCUAUUUUUGCUCUACUGCAAUAUACAAUUGGAUCUAAAAGUUUUUCGAAUUGUUAGUUUAGAUCUGUUCAUUUUUAUACAUUUAUGGGGAUUUUCUCCAAUCAUACCCUUUAUAAUCAUACUGGGAACCAAAUCCAACUGGAAACAUUAUCCCACCGAGGAAUAGAAUCCUAAAAAGGAACAAGAUCCAAUAGUAAACUGGAACUCACCGGUAACAUGAUCCCAUCAGGUAACGGAAUCAAAUCGGGAUCCUAUCGGGAAACAGAUCCCAUCGGCGUAGAGGAUCCCACCAGGAUCAGGGUGCUAACGCAGACCUGUUUACCCUCAAAUUCUUAAAAUCGUACAAUAUCAUCACAAAAUCGUUCAAUACCUUAUAUUAUAGUAAAAAAUAAACAUACAGUAUAUAUAUUGUAUGCACCUCAAAAUCGUAUAUUGUACGCCAAAACCGUAAGAGUAAACAGGUCUGCUAAUAGGAUCAGUAUCCCAAAGGGAUCAGGACCCCACCAGCAAAUUGGAUCCACCAGGAUCGGGAUCCCACGAUAUCGGGGUCCCUCCAUGAAACUGGAUUACACUAGGAUCGGGAUCCCUCCGUGAGAGGGAUAACGAUGGUAAACAGAAAAAGGUGGUAAAAGUUGUUUUUCCAAAUACAAUUUCGGGCAACGCCGGGUAUAUUGGCUAGUAAAAUAUGAAAAUAAUUAAAUAAUUUAGUUAUCAUAGUUUUAUUUAUUUAAUUAACUUUUUAUAAACAAAGGAAAAAAUUUUCACAAGUAAUGUGUAAACAAAAUUCACCAGAAAACAUUUACUGCUGCUAAUCAAAAUGCAUAAAAACUAAUUUUAAAAAAAGCAACAAGUAGCAAUGGCAACAAAUACAAUUUUCUGGUCUUCCGCCCCUUAGGGCUGGGGAGGUACUUUUACCUCUGGUUAAGAACCACUGUUCUAGUGAAAUGUCUGACACAGGUUCAGUAAUUUACUAUCCAUGGGAGAUAAAUUUCUUAAGUGUUUGUAAAGGACAGUAGUGGACACAGGGAAUUUUUACAAGGGGGGGCUGCAGAGAUUUGUGACAUUAUAUUUGAAGGGUGUCUAACUUUUUGUGAUGAGGGGGGAGUAGGGUAAAAAAUCUGCAAAAUUUGGGCGACAUCAUUUAUGUGUGGCCCCUUAUAUAACAUGUAAAUGUAGUGGCCAAAACUUUUAGGAAGCCUUACCAAGAAGGUAUCAGUAAAGAUUCCCUUUCUUUUGUCAACAAGAAACAUGAUUACUAAUUGCCCCUGGGAUAUUGGUGGUAUUCAUAUUCAUAGGAGUCUGAAAAAGGUUACCACCCCAAAUAUGUAAGGCUAAAAUAAAAGGAAGCUACCCCUUUGGUGUUCUGGGGCUAGCCAGAUGGCUUGGGCAGUUAAUGCUAUUUGUUAUGAAUAAUCUAGGUAACAAAGCAGUUAUUCGAUGCUCUCAAGCCUGGUUUCACUUUCAUGUAACUUUUGUUUACUCUUACAUACAGUUUGAAGUUAAAAAAAUCACCAGGAAAAGUACAGAGUGCAUACAUUAUUUUGUGUUAAGCUGGUAGAUUACCGGUGUUCCUGACCCAAGGAAAAGAAAGUCUAUUUCUGAAUAAUCAAUAAACAUAGGUAAUUUAUUAUUAAAUAAGUUUUGUUGCGUUAUUUUUAAUAUCAUCUAAUGAAAAGGGAAUGGAAUUAUUAAAAUCUGAGUGCUUUUAGGAACUUAAGAAAUUUUUUUUUCCAUUUACCAUGAUAGUAUACAUUACUGUAAGAGCAUUAUUACCAACAAAAAGUUAUACAUUGAUUUUGUAUGAAUGUUUUACUGAUUUAAUUUUCCUUUAUUACAGUGAAGAAAAUUUUCAAGUCUUGAAAUGGAUGGUAAGUGAAAGUGUUUACAUGUUGAUUUUCUUAUGCAUUUAACAUUGUAAUUUUAAAAUGGUAAUUUUUCUAAAUUAUUCAAUGAAUUAAAUUCGUUUUAGUAAUUCUGCUGAAAGAUACUUUGUUUGCUUUCAAAAUAUGGACUUAUUAAAAUGUGUGCUCUUUAUUUAGGAGCAAAUGCUCAAGUCCCAAGUGAUUACCAUACUAUGGCAGCACAGAUAGCUGCCAGAGGAAAUACACCUGAAGACUGGAAAGAAUACAUCGACAGUCAUAAGACUAAAGUUGCGCAUAUGGAUGACUGUGAUCAUAUUCGUAUGAUUGACUACUUGUACAGAGGUGCUUUUAAGGUAUCGGUCUACUCCAAACACACUAAUUUGAAAUAGAAAAUAAUGUAUCUUUUUAUAAAAAGAAGAUCACUAUUUUGCCAGUUGUUCAGUUUCAAAAUGUAUUUACCUAAAUCCUGAAUGUUUUAAUUUUCAAUUAGUUAAGCAAUACACUAUAUAGACUUUGUCAGUUGUUUUAAUUAGAUAUUACAAUAUUUGAAACAGACUUUACAAAAGAAUAUUUUCCCUAUUUGGAGGCUAACUAUGAAAUAAGCCAGAGGAAGUUAAAAUUAGUGUAAAUGUUCCUAAUUUUCAGAUACUUAUCUAUCACCGUGAAAUCAUUUUUAAUUAAAUUCAGUUCUUUUCAAAAAUAUUUUGAUGAUAGUACAGAAUUUAAGUAGGUAUGUUGAGAUAAUUUAGUUGGGUCUUUUUUUUUUUUUUUUGGCUAACAGAUAUUGAUUUUAUUUUCCUUCAUAGUUUGUACCCGGUACUUCAAUACAUGCUUAGCGCUGGGUAAACAGUUACGCCCAAGUAACCUAUAUCUAAAUUUCAUAUCUAUUUUUUUUUUUUUUUUUUUUUUUUUUUUUUUUGGCUAACAGAUAUUGAUUUUAUUUGCCUUCAUAGUUUGUACCCGGUACUUCAAUACAUGCUUAGCGCUGGGUAAACAGUUACGCCCAAGUAACCUAUAUCUAAAUUUCAUAUCUUGUAUUUUUAUAUAAUAGACUAUAAAUAUUUAUUUUUUUAAUUUUUAAAUAUUCUUUAUUAUAUAGCUUAUCCCAGAUUCAAAUAAAACGUCGGCCAAAGUUAAACUUCUUCUUGACUAUGCUGAAUUUAGAAGGUAAGAUGUUUCCUAGUUAAUUAAAAGUUUGUUUUUUUUAAAAUUAAAAAAUAAUAGUAGCUAUAAGUAUACUAUUAGCAAAAAUCUGAAUUGGUUGCAGCUUGUCAUAUAUUAUAGACCGGUUUUGAUUAAUAGCAUGGUCUGCCUAGGGAUUGCAUUUCGGUAAUCAGGAGUUCAGAUUUUUUACAGAGGAAUAAGUAUUCUGAUUUUUAUUAUAAAAGCUGGAUUAUCAUCAUCAGUGGCGCUACAGCCCAUGUAGGGCCCUGGCCUGCUCCACCACAUUCUUCUAUUCGGAACUAUCCAUGGCUUUCCGCUUCCAUGCGUGAACCCUCAACUGGUGUUUAUCUUUCUCUACAUCAUCAAUCCAUCUCAGCCUUGGGCGACCUGUGAGUCGUCUGCUCCUAGGUUUCUGCCUGUAUAUCAGUUUUGCUGCUCCUUUCAACAUGUCCUUUGUACAAUUGGUAUUAGUCUGGGUUUGUACGGAUUCUCCAGACAUCAUUUUUCCAUCACUAGACCAAAUAUUUUUCUGAGGAUUUUUCUCUCAUGUAUGGAGAAGGCUCUCUACAUUUCUGGUAAGGGUCCGAGUCUCACUAGCUUCAGUUACUACUGGUCUUAUGAUAGUGGUGUAUACUGACUUCUUUGUUUCCUUUGAGAGGUUUUUGCUUCCCUGUAGCUUUUGUGGAUUGAAAUAGGAACGAUUGCCUGCUGUUAUCCUUUCCUUUACCUCUGACAUUAUUUCAUUGUGCUCAUUUAUAGUUGCCCUUAGAUAACUAAAUGUAACCACUCUCUCAAAUCGAAUAGAUGCCGCCACCAGGGCAAGGCUUACUUAACAAUAAGUGUGAUUGUGACUAGCGUGAACACACCCAGCCGGUGAAUUAGGAUCACAAGUUUAUCCUGAACUGUGACACCACAUGGCAUGAACGUCAUGUCUAUUCACAUCAGCCUAGCUCUACCCCUCCACUUCACGGCCUAUCGCAGUGGACCAACUUCUCUUCUUUUCUUCCCGCUUCCCUAUUUAAUCCUCACCCACUUAUUUUCUGUCACAAUUUUUUUUGCUGCCCUCUUGGACACUACUUCUCAGCUAAGUGCUAUAUAUUUAUAUUUAAAAAAAUAUUUUAUUGGUUUUUUUUUUGUUUGUCCACUGGCAAAGGCUUCCUGUUGACACGUUUGUUGUUUUUUGCUUUCCUUUUUCAGGUUUAAACUUACUUUGUUUUACUCAUUUCCUCUCAAAUGAGCGUGGGAAUUCAUAUAUAAAAGCUGGAUUGUGCGACUGAAAUUUAAAAAAAAAAACAAUAAAGCUGUCUUUCUUACAGGCUAACAAAAAUAUUACAGCCCCUCUGCACCCUGUCCAACACGCGGCACCCACUGAUAAUCCAUUAAUGGACUUGUGCUUUGUCUAUCAAUUUUACCAAUCCUUAAUUGCUUAGAAGUUUCUAAGUCAUAAAUAUUGAUUUGAUUUGAAUUGUAUUUAUUUUACUAAUGAUUAUGAAAAGGAAAUGGAUUAGAAUUUAUAUACAUCAAAUAUUUAUCUUUUUGAAUUAUAAUAGUUUUAAGAGAUAUAUUUAGGUCUUAUUUAUUAAUACAGUUCUAAAUAUAUUGUAAGAUGAUGGUGUUGUACUCGUAAUGUACUUUGUUACUUAUGGUCAAGUGUUUAUAUUGAAAACAAUUUUUUUUAAAUAAAACCAUUUCUUUUUUCUAAGAAUGUUUUAAUCAAAGAAAGGGAAUCAGCAUAUCUUUUACAUCAUUUUAUGCAAAAAGUGUUUGAUAAUAAAAUACCAAAAGAUUAAAUGAUUUUAAAAAAAAUUAUUAUUGAUUCCGGAUAUCCAGAUUAUGAUUUACAAGAAUCCAAAACUCACAGGAUUUUCUACAAAAGUGAAUAUUUUUGCAACUCUCGGUGUGCCAGGGAAAAUGUUCAUGUUUUGGGUUUUUUUUUUAAUUUAAUUUUUUAUAUUUGUCCCAAAACCAAAGGCAAAACACAUUUUUUUUUUUUUUUUUUUUUUUUUUUUAAAAUUUUAUAUUUUUUUUUUUUUUUUUUUUUUUUUUGUUUAUUUUUUUUUUUUUUUUUUUUUUUUUUUUUAAAAAUUUAACUUUUUAUUUUAUUUUUAAUCUAAUUUUUUUAAUUUUUUUUUUUUUUUUUCUGACUGACAGCUUAAACUAUAGCUUAUCGGAAUCUGAGAAAGUGCUUUCAUAUGGACGCAGAAAGAUGGGACAUUUAGCCCUAAUCCAUAUUGCUUGCGCAGAGCUGGAACUGAAAAGAGGUUCGUAGGAGACAACAUAGAAAGUUUUUAUAAUUUAUAAAAAUUAUAUUUUUAAUAACAUUUAAUUUGGAGAAUAGAAUUUUCACCUUGUAUUUGCGACUUUAUUGUUAAAUUUUUUAAAUUUUAUAAUUUUUUUUAAAUAAUAGUAAAAAAAAAAUAUUAAGUCACCCACUUCCAUUGAGUGUGGAAAUAACUUACUUAAAUUUGACAUAAAUGCUUUGUGCAUUGUCUGGCUGUUUAUCAGAUUCAAAAAGAAUAAAGAAUUUUUUUUUUCUAUUUUACACAAUCUUUACCUACUAUCUAUUUAACACUUAAGUCUUUUUGUUUUGUUUUAUUUAUUGUUAUGCUUAAAUCUUAAUUUUUUUAAAAUGUAUAUUACCCUUGAAUCUAUAUCCUCCAAUUUUUAGGCAACAAAGAGCGAGCUUUGAAAAUUCUUUAUGAUGCAGCUUCAGCUAGAGCAGAUCCUGUGUCUAACAUCCACAGGGCUGUACAGCGCAUUGCUGAAGGCAAGACAGAACUGAUAACUGAUGAUGAAAAGGAGAAUGAUUCAUGUAAAUACAAUCAUGAGAAUUAAUCAUAGUUGAUUUCUAUCAUGUACACACAAAAAAUCAUUAUGUUUGCAUCUAUGAAUACAAGUCUGAAUAUAAUGCUCCAUAAGGAAAGACAGUGAGAUGCAGCCUGACUCACAUCUUUGAAUUUAAAACUGCUUUUCUACAGUAAAACUAAAGACAUAGUGACAGAAUCAUAAAUUUAUUAACUAUAUUUCAUUUACUUUUAAUUAAAUAGUAAUGAAUUGUCCUUGUGAAUUUCUUGCCAUUAAUUACCAUUUGUAUUUUUUCUUACUAUGAAUUUUCCAGACUCACAUUUUAUUCACGAGACAUGUAUCUCAUACUUCUAAAGAUUUCAUGUGUCCUGACUUUCUAACUAUACACACAUUUCUAUUCUUUUGUCAAUUUUACAUUUUUGGUUAUCUAAUCGCCUCUCUCUUUUUUUGAAAAUUAGUUUUUUCAAUUGUGUUUAGUCUCUGUAUUCUAAUCUAAGAGAGUAGGCUACAUUUAUUAUUAUGUUCUUUUAUUUAGUUGACUUGAGUCCAGUGAGCAAUAAAGAGUCAUCAGAUGAGUGGAGUUGCUCGGCAUUUAGUGGAACGUUUGGGUUGGUCUUUAAAAAAAUUGCUCUUUUUUUUUUCCUAAAAAUAAUAAAUUCAUUUUCAUACAUAGAUAAUUCAUUAAAAAAUUCUACAUCUACCUCAGAGGGGAUAUGUUUUUACCACAGUAUUUUUAAGAUGAGAGUAUUUUUUUUAAAAAUGUAUAUUAUUUUACCAGAUUAUAGCUUAAAAUUACCACUAUCAAGUAUGUUAAUUAGAUAAAUUAGAUAGGUAGCACAGGAAAUAUGGGAAAACCCAAAACUACAAUCAAUCAAUGGUAUGUUGAGUAAAAUUGUAUGUUUAAAAAUAUAUUUUAUUAAUUCUUACUAUGUAGAUAAAUAUCUUCUCCUUUCUAAAAUUUCUCUUUAUUUGCUUUUAUGGUGAAUAGCACUGAGCCCAUUAGCAUUAUCCAAUUUAACCAUUUUCAUCAGCUUUAUGCAUCUUCUCUAUAUUUUAAAUUCAUAAUUUAAUGUGUUCUACAGGCUGAGCAAAGAAUCUGUGGAACUGAAGCCCCUAGAGCCAAAGACUAACAACCUAGAAACUAAGCAGGAUGUUGAGAGCCUGCCUUCACAAACUUCUGCCCACUCCUCGAUGUCAUCUAACGAGCAACAUGAAAGGCACCAAACAUAUUUGCGUUUAUCAGUUGUACCCGAGACACCUCAGAACAAUAAACCAACAAAUAAAAAGUUGGGCACUGGCCAGAGGGGCCUGACCCAUUACCACACCACACCUAACCUGAUGCAACCUUUUGGAAGUGGAGUUAAAAGGUCAGUCCAGUCGAUACGAAACAGCUGUUGAAAUUAAUAUUCUUUAAUGUGAUAGAGUAAGUAAUCUAUACAAAAUAGCCCUAAUAAAUUAACUAUAUAUUAUUUGUGAGUGCAGGAACAUCACUAACAUGCAUAGAAAGUAACAAGUGGUAGUCUGGACUUAUGAAUGUACAUAUAUUAUUUGUGAUUACGCUACAAGUAUACAUAUAUUUGCAAAGAUCACCAAGGAUUUUUUACAAAUCUUUACAUACUUCUGGAAUCCAAUAUUUUUUAGCGUUAGUUUAACAUGGAAAUGCUUUGAAAAAUAAAUUGUAAUGUUCCUGUUAUAAAAUAAUGAAGCCCCUCUUCUGUUCUUGUCUUGAAGUAAGUUUCCCAUCAAGAAUCUGGGGCCCCCGAGGCGUGUCAAGGUGGAUCCAACUAUGAAAAAAUUAAGAGAUGAAGAGGAUAUCAACUCUGUUGAAAUCACAGACUCUAAAUCUCAGACUUUUGUUUCUCAAUCAAAUCCACCAUCAUUGGGUAAGAAGUUUAAAAAAAAUGAAAAUUGUAAUAGUUCAAAUGACAAUAAAGUACUUGAAUAGAUAGCACGAAACAGUGUAAAUGUAUUAUUAUUUUGAAGACCAUAAUGAAAACUAAUACCAUUCAGCUUUGAUUGCUGCAUUUUGAAUGUUUAUGUAUAUUAAAUUAUUGAUUUUUAAAAUGCAGUGCAACUGAAUUCAAAUUUUUUUUUUUAAUUCGCAUUUUUAUGCACUAUAUUUGAUUUUUAGACAUGGUUCAAUUUAAAAGCAACCUUAGAAUCACUUCAUGUUUGUAUUUGUUUCACUAGUCAUGGCCACUUGUCCAACGCCAGAGAGGAUGGAACAAGACGAUGGUUUUUUAGUUCAUCAAAUACCUAUGACUAAAGCCACUGGCCCAGGGAGCUGCGAAUCUCACUUUAACAAUCAAAGAUUCCCACCUUUAACAUCCAUCCAUUUGAAUUCAUCUUCUUCUGUUUUUAACUCACUUCAUUCCACUAUGGAAGAUAAUCCUAAAGCUCUGGAUGGUUUUGUUAUGAACGCCUCCAUGCCAAUAAUCCACCAGCGCCAUCAAUCAAAAACUGAUAUUGAGCAACAUGUCAAAAGAAACCAAGAUUAUGUGUGCAACAGUGGAACGGAUAGGCCAGGUCAGAACACUAUUUCACGAAAAUUGUGGCCUCUGACAGACUCUGCACACAUGCACAAGAUGACCUCCUAUAGUUCUGCUUUAGAGCCCAGCACUGCUGACAGCCUAAUGAGUAAAGACCAAAGCAAUGAUGCACUGGAAAAGCAACAAGUCCACAAGCAAACUCAGCAAGAACAACAGCAGCAAGGAUGGCAGCCCCCAAAAACCAUGGAAGCUGUAAGCAGUAGUGUAACAUAGUAAGUCAAUUCAUUCUUAACAUAAUGCUUGUUUUAUUGUUUAAAAAAUAAUAAUAAUUAGAGAAUAAUACUUAAAAAUUGAGCACUCUAUUUUUACUUAAUAAAAAGAGCUUAAAAUAGUUCAAUUUGCUCUACAUGAAGCUAAUUUGCAGUUGUUGCGACAAUAGUAUAAUCUUUUAAAGAAGACCAACUGUUGAAAUAAAGAAUGCAAUUACCAUUUAAUUGGUACCAAAUUGCACAUAACUGCUAAUCAAUAUUAAAUUUGAUUGGACCUGUUUCAUAUAAGAUUUAUUUUUUUCCAGUGCUUUACCUGCUUCCAAACUAUCAUUACCACCUGAUGAUCUGAUGCAGAUAUCAUCCAGCCACUCUCUGGCACAGUCUGUCUUACAGAACCAAUUUCAAGCUCAAUCUGUUUUACCCAACCAAUCUCUUCCACAAUAUGUCUUGCACAACCAACCUCUUCCACAAUCUGUCUUACCCAACCAACUUCAAGCUCAGUCUGUCUUACCCAACCAACUUCAAGCUCACUCUGUAUUACCCAACCAACUUCAAGCUCAGUCUGUCUUACCCAACCAACUUCAAGCUCAAUCUGUCUUACCCAACCAUCUUCAAUGUCAGUCUGUCUUACCCAACCAGCUUCAAGGUCAGUCUGUCUUACCCAACCAACUUCAAGCUCAUUCUUUCUUACCCAAUCAACUUCAACCUCAGUCUGUCUUACCCAACCAAUUUCAAGCUCAGUCUGUCAUACCCUGCUCCUCUCUGCAACAGUCUAUAAUACCUAGUUCAAUGCUUCAGUUUCAACACUCUAUACCAAACACUCCAUUAUCAAAUAAUGAAAUGUUACCUGUUGGCAAUGGCAUGGUAAGUUGAAUUGAUCUUACAAGCUGAGUAAAUUUCUUUCAUUUAAAUGAGAGGUACAUUCAUAGAUUCAUCAAAUUAUAUUAUGUAACUCAGCAUGGGUAGCAGGCAUGUGCAGACCACAUAGUUUAUUCCAUCUGGCUUACCCAAGUUUAAAAUUUUAAAGCUGCUCAUAUCUAUGUACCGGUACAUGUUUUAUAACAAAUGCUCCAUUUUUUUGUGUGAGAAUAAAUUCUCAUUAAGAAUUAAGAAUUUGAAUCUUUAACUGAAAAUAUAAUUUUCCUAUCUGUCAGGGUGAUGAGAAGGUUGUUUAUGUCAAUCAAAUUCCCUAUAAAGUGCUACGCCUCGUGGGCAGAGGAGGUUCAGCAAAAGUUUAUCAGGUCUACGAUCCUAUGUCAAACAUGAUCCGUGCACUUAAAGUGGUCAACUUGAGCAUGGCCAACGAGGUUGUUUUAGAAGGAUACAUUAAUGAGAUAAGCCUUCUCAAAAAGCUACAGCACUGUGAUCGUGUCAUCAAGCUUUUUGAUUCGUAAGUUGGCAUACAUUUUUUUAGUUAAUCUUUUAGUCACCCUUCUACAGUAUUUGUUGGUUAAAUUCAAAUACAUGUAAAGAGGAGGUUGACAUAAUUGUUUUUUUUUUAGUUAAUCUUUUAACGUGUGGCAUUUAUUUAUCUUUUAUGUUGGGUCUGAUGUAUUUCUUGUUCCAAUUUAUAUGUUAUAACAUUAAAUUGAAAUGAGUCCUUAGUAGUUAAUUUAUGUUACAUGUUUUCUCCCCACUCCCACCCCCAAUCCACCAGUUAAUAAUAUUUUUUUUUUCCAUAGGGAGUAUGUAGAAUCAAAGAAAAAAUUAAUUGCUGUAUUGGAAUAUGGAGAGACAGAUCUGGAUAAAUUCUUGUCUCAAAAUCUUAAAGGACAGAAUCAACUUAGUCCCAUCACUGUGUGUUACUAUUGGUCCCAGAUGGUCACUGCUGUACACGCUAUGCAUGAAGAAGGUAAUGUCCUUUAGAGCUGCAUAACUUUUGUUUUCUUAAAUUAAAAAAAUGUAAAGUGUGUAAUUUGCCAUGGAGACAGUCUCCACUCCACUAACAACAAUCAUACAAACUACAAAAUGAAUGUGGUUGUUUUUUUUUAAAAACCUCAUAUUACUUGACGGAUCAUUAUUUGAUUAUCUGUAAAACAAAAAAAUUGGAUUAUCCCUUAGAGAGCUGAAAGUUGAUACUUAGCUUAUUUUGGCUCAUUUUAAAUCUUUCAAACUUUAGCUUAUCCUUAAUUAACUAGCACCAGACCUGGUAAACCUGCAACUUGCAAAAUGGUGCAGUAUCGUUUCAGAAUAGUACUUAACAAAAGGAUACAAUGCUGUAUCAUAAUAGAUGGGGUGGAGACAGAAAUUGAAAACGUCCUCCGAUGUCACCAGAGCAAAAGUGGGGUUUUGGGAGGGGGCAUCACUUGCAUCAUUCCAUUUCUACACUUAAUGGUAAUGCUUGUGGAAAAUUAGGUUCCUUCCACCUAGCUGUGUUUAUGUAAAUCCUUUUCAUUUUAGUGGCUACUAAAUAGUAAAAUUGUUUUAUAAUUUUUAUUGAAGAUUUGAGAUUACUUAUUUCAAUCAUUUUUUUUUAUUUUAACCAAUCAAAAAGGGGGCGGGCCCACUGAACGGCACGAACCGUCACAAAAAAUAUAUUUAUAUAUAUAUAUACACUGAAAACCGUCUACGGCCCCACUUCAUCAGGAUCAUCCCCACUUCUGAGUGCUGAUGGGAAAUCUCUAAUCACUAUGAAGGAAAAAAUUAUUGAAUGCUGAGCUGAACACUUUGACAACAUCCUGAAUCGACCUUCAUCCAUCAAUGAUAAAGCCAUAAAUCGUCUCAUACACGUGCCAUUUAAUCAAGAACUGGAAGACCCCCUACCCUAACUGAGACCCAUCAUGCUAUAGGCCUUCUCUCAAGCGACAAAGCACACUCAAUCCCAUCUGAAAUAUACCAAGAAGGGGGGACAGCUCUGUCUGAAAGGCUUCACCAGCUGUUCAUACUUAUGUGGCAGCAAGAGACCAUUUCACAGGACUUCAAAGAUGCAUCUAUUGUUCACCUGUACAAGCAUAAAGGGAACUGGCGAUCAUGCGACAACCACCGUGGCAUAUCACUGCUCUCAAAUGCAGGCAAGAUAUUAGCCAGAAUUUUGCUAAAUCGUCUUUUAACAGGCAUCUUGAGAAGGGUCUACUGCCAGAAAGUCAAUGUGGCUUCCGGAAGGAACGAGGAACCAUUGAUAUGCUGUUUGCGGCCAGACAGCUACAGGAAAAAUGCAGGGAACAAAAUGUUGACCUCUUCUCUACCUUUGUAGACCUGACCAAAGCUUUUGACACUGUCAAAAGAGGACCUUGGAAGAUCAUGCCCAUAUAUAGAUAGCCCAGGAAGUUUGUGUCAAUGGUACGACUAUUCCAUGAUGGUAUGCAGACUAGUGUUCGGAAUAAUGGAGAGACGUCCAAACCAUUCCCUGUAACAAACGGCGUGAAACAAGGCUGUUUACUUGCCCCAACACUUGUCAGCCUCAUGUUUUCCGCAAUGCUGACCAAAGUCUUCAGAGAGGGAUAUGUUGGAAUUGGCCUCAGAUACCAAACUGUAUGAAUACGACUGUGCUCUAAAUGCUGUAUCAGAAGUGGAUAUGCAACGCUUUGUCACAAACUUUUCUACUGCUUAGGCAAAACUUUUUUUGCCUUCGAUAAGACAGACCUGCCUCUCCCUAGCUACACCACUGAGUGCAGACCCCCACUUUUACGUUUCCUACAAGUUAUUAAUAAUUGUCAUCUUCGUAACUUAAUUUCUAAAGAAAGAUAUGUGGUUACUGUUAACCUUCCACUUUUAAUGUCUACAGGUGUUAUCCAUUCUGAUCUAAAACCUGCAAAUUUCAUACUGGUGUCUGGCAAUGUCAAGCUUAUUGAUUUUGGUAUUGCCAACUCAAUUCAGAUUGAUUGCACUAGCGUCAUCAAGGAAAUUAAGGUCGGCACUCCAAGUUAUAUGAGCCCAGAGGCGUUAAUGGCCAGCAACAACGCCCCAAAACCUAAAUUUAAGGUAAAUGAAGUGCAUUAUAUUUUUAUAGUGUAAUAUUGCAUCAAUCAGGAAUUGUAAUUUUUUAAACAGCCUUCUGUUUACUUCAUAAGUGUGUGUGUAUUUAUAUUUUUAUUAUAUCGUGUGUGUAUCAUUAUGAAAACUUACCGCCUGUAAAGAUGGGCAUAAAAAUAUAAUUUUCCUCACUUAUAGUUUAAUAAAAAAAAUAUGGAACGUGUCUAAUGAGCUGUACUAGAUUUCAAAAGCAAAAAACUUUAAAGAUAGUUUUAAAAAAAACAACAAAUUUUCAUUUUCUUUGCAGCUUGGAAAACGGAGUGAUGUGUGGUCUUUGGGCUGCAUCUUAUAUCAAAUGGUGUACGGACAUACCCCAUUUCAAUAUGUUAGAGACAAACUCAAUGCCAUAGUCAACCCAGAACAUACCAUUCAGUUUCCUGACAAAGGGGAUCCAGCUCUAAUGGAUGUACUUAAGGUAAAUAAAGCAAAAUAACAUUUUCUAUAGGUUUUUAGUAAACAUAUUGAACUAUACAGUGGAACUUAGGAUGGUGAGCAUUAGGCAAUACGCUUGUAAUCCAAAACACUAAUAUUUGAUAGUGAAUUUCCUCAUAAGAAAUAAAUGGAACCCGGAUGAUUUGUUCCACAGCCCAAAUAUAUUCAUAUUGUUAUAUGGUUUUUAAAAUUUAAUCUGCUUUAAGAUUUGGCUCGUAGAAUGAACAAUACGUAACAAAGGACUGAAAACCAGUAUACAUAAAAAAGCAAUACCAAAGCAUAUAAUACUAAUAAUAUUACUUUAACUAUACUAUUCAAUUUCUAUAAAAAUACAAAUGAACAGAAACAAAUAAACUAUAUCAACUCACAGCGCAGCAAGUGAAAAUGUACAAUCCUCGAAAAAAUACAAAUUUUAAUUUACACACAUAUAUUAAGAGUACAAUCUUGCAAUUAUAUAACAUCUCGUAUAUAUCUAGGCUAUGUAGCAAAUAUCUCUCCCGGGCUAGGAAAGCUGCUGGCUUAUAUUUAUAGGGAUAACAUCAGAACCUCCAGAAAAGGGAGGCGUCCAUUAAUUACGUCAACAAUUUUAAAGCAAUUUUUGACAGAUUUUUCAAAUCCGUUCAAGCAAGCAGUGAUGAUUGGACUGAGGGACAAUAAAGAUCAAAUGGAAGAAUUUUUAAUGCGUUUGUGAAUCGAGCUAACAUAUUAUCAAAUUUGACAGACUGAUUGAAAAAAAAAAAUGGAAAUCUGUGUAAUCCCCAUAAUAUAUAGAAGAAGUCCCUCUCAGAAGCAUCUGGUGCCUUAAGGCCUUCACUAGUUUGAAAGACUGAAAUUGGCAGGGAAAGUAAUCUUUUGGACAGAAUUUCAAAAUAGGAGCUUCGAAUCAGCUGACAACAGUUCUCAUCACGACAUUUUACUAUUUGUAAAAAGUAUUGACUUGUUCUUACAUGAUUAGUAAACCAAUCUUGAUCUUUGGUUAGUAAAUCUUCCGCCACAAGUUCAGAUAAUUCAGGUGCAACAUAUUCAGUCACUGGAAAAUUGUCAAUUGUUACUUGCAUCCACAAUUCUGACAAUGUUUUGCCAGCAUAUUGGAAAUUUAAUUUUUCCAAUUCUUCAUUAGUUGUUCGACCUUGUGAGUCAAGGUGGCUACACAGUGGAGCCAACCAUCGUUCUACUCGAUUAAAUGCACUCCUACCAGGUGCAUUUGUUGCAACGAACAUUGCAUAAAGGCUUUCUUAUUGUUUUCAUCCUUUGUGUUAAUGUCGAAUUCUUUCAAAUGAAGCAUCUUUUCAUAGUCUAGUCCAUGAGCAUAAGCUGAUGAUGAGGAAUGCUUUCCUGACCUGAUGGCUAUCUAUGUUGGACCUGAAUAAGUUACAGCUUCAGUUUUGCCUAGACCAUCCUUUUGAAUUUCAAUGCCAGCAUAAACUGACGGAAUGAGUUUAUGCCUUGCCGCCACAACCGAGUCAUGGUAUGGCAAAUUAACACGGUAUUCAACAUGCAUUAAAAGUGGAGCCUGCUUGUUAGCCGCUUUUAGUCCAAUAGGUACUCUGACUUUAUCAUCUCUGCUGAUAAAGCACACUUCUCUUGGUCCCAAUAUGGAGGCCAUUUCCUCAAGAUGAUGUAGAGUAGAUGUGCAAAAUCGACCAUCAAUGUGCUUGGAGUGUGAAUCAUGUUGUGCUCGAAUUAAUUUCACUGGCACAAUUUUCACAUGUCGUUCACCCUCAAAGGAUGAACUUCGUUUGGGUAUUAAUCUAGUAUAAAUAGCACUUGUACUUAUUUGACAACCUUUGAUCUUCAGAUGCUCUGUCAGUUCAUCAAGAGCUUUGACACUGCGAUAAAUAUAACUCUGCCCUUUGUCAUGAGCAGCAGAUCCAUGUAAAGCCAUGUCAACAAUUGUCUUGAGAAGUACUGGCUGAUCUUCUUCAAUUUGUGGUCGGCCAGCUUUCUGUCGGAUCUUUAAUUUAUCGAUUAUGUCAGGAUUCUCUGCACACAUUUUAGUGAACAACUGCUGCUUUUCUUGCUCAUAUUUUUAACUUUUCAGUUUCUUUUAAUACUCAUCAAUUUUUACUUUCUUUUCUCUAAGUUCCUUUUCCUGGUCUAAAGUUAUAACACUGCUGCCCUUUUGCUUAUACUGGUACAAGCCAAUCAAAUCACUCUUGAAGAUAUUUAUUUGACCCUGCAGCGCGUCUUGGGCUUUUGUUUUGUACUUAACAGAUUCUACUUCACUGCUACUACUACAAGUACUGGAUGGACCAGCUUCCAACAAGUCAACAUUUUUCUGUUUUUUUUUCAUUAGGAGUUUGAUAUUUUAUAUUGUCUUCUUCUACUGUUACAUUUGUAGCCAAUUGACUAGAAGCUGUUUCAUUUUUCAAAGCAUGACCUGCCCAGAAGCCAAGCAGUUUUCCUUUAUUUUUCUGUGCUAUUGCAGCAUAUUUAGCUAAUAAGGCUAGCAAAUUAUCCUCUUUCUUUAAUGCAUUCCAAAUUUUGACUAGCCUCUUACGCUUACUUGGGAAAGCCUUUACAUAGGCCUCAAAUAUCAACUGAUGAUAGUUUGGUUUUUCAAUUUCUUUGUGUAUUAAAAAAAAUGAAACUGCAUUAUGUCCCUGAAUACCUCUUAAAAAAUAACUAUAUCGAUAACUGAUUGUUUUGUUUUGUAAAAUGUGUGGCAUGAAUCAGGUUAGUGGCCAGAUUUUAUUUCCUUUCCACUAUCUCAGACCUAAAGCAAGUCAUAUGUAGCUUUCUUUUCGACUGAGCGAUGUUAUUAUUACUCACUUUACUUUCACUUAAAUCUCAAAAUAUCAUAUUCCUACUCUAUCAAUAUCAUUUAUCUUGAUUACACAUGACACCUGAGCCUUGUCCAUACCUGCAACAUGCUCACAAACAUACAGCCUCAGUCAUUUGCGACAAACAGAAUAUACAGUUGAAAAGAGGCCACCUUUUGACUUCUCUUGCACUAACAAAGUGUGCUAACAUUCUGACCAACCUUAUGCAGAGCACAGACAGAUAUACAUUAAAUAAAACUUAUAUUAUUAAAAGCCUAAAAUUAUAUGACUAUUUACACUAAUUAAACUUUAAAAAAAAAUAUUUAAGAUUAAAAUAUUAAUAGAGAAAAUAUGAUUGUUGAUGUCAACUAAUCUACCUCCCCUCCCCCUUGUCAACAAUUGUCAAACAUUUCCAAACAACUCUCCCCCCCCCCAUUUUGUUGACAUAAUUAAUGGAGGACCCCAAAGAAAUUUUAGAAAUUGCUUCACUUGAUAGCCAUAUUUAAAACAAAUGGAACUAUUAGAACUUCAACAACCUUUCCCCAAUGAAGGGAGGGGUGAGGUUGGCACAUCUAUAUCGGCAUCCUUCCGUCUCGUGAGACAAUGGUGCAUCACCGUUGGGUUGGGUUGCAUUUUCUCGAGUGGCUGUGCAGUCCUAUCCUUGAGUGACAGUCUUUACCACAGUUUUUACAUACGAGUUCUGUGCUUCCAAAUGUUUUGGCCUUUCUCCUAGCUCUUCUGUCUGCAGCCUCUUCCAUUCUUCGCUCCUCGGCUACCAUGACGCCCUCUUUGACAACUGUGCGCCACGUAGAUCGGUCUUUUGCCUUACACUCCCAGUCACUUGUAUGUAUUUUGGCUGCUUUCAUGUCCCUUUGACAGACAUCUUUAAAUCGCAGACGUGGGCGACCUGUUUUCCUCUUUCCAGCAGCAAGUUCACCAUAUAGGAGGUCUUUCGGAAUGCGGCCGGGACUCAUUCUUUUAACAUGACCUAGCCAUCUCAGGCGUCUUUCACUAAGGAUUGUGAACAUGCUUUGGGUAUUCGCACGCAUUAGGACCUCACUAUUAGUCACUUUUUCUUGCCAUUUAAUACCAAGGAUGCGACGCAGGCAUCUCAUAUGGAAGCUAUUAAGCUUGCGCUCUUGGGAUGUAUAGGUGGUCCAUGUCUCGCUCCCGUAUAGUAGUGUACUGAUGACACAAGCUCGAUAGACGCACAGUUUGGUUUUCUCCGUUAGCUUGGUGUUUUGCCAGACCCGUUUAUUUAGUUUAGCCAUUGUGGCAGCUGCCUUGCCGAUUCUGCUGUUAAUUUCUUCUUCAAUGGACAGUGUAUUGGAGACCUUGGACCCCAAGUAGGUGAAGCUGUCCACAACCUCCAAGUUUUCAUUAUCGAUUUUUAUGUUAGGUGGAGGUCGAGUGUCUUGGUCCAUGAUGUUUGUCUUUUUCAAGCUGAUUUGCAGACCAAAUUCUUUGCAGGCAUUGGAGAAGCUUGACACGAGUUGUUGCAAACCAAUUUCUGUGUGUGCUGUUAGUGCCGCAUCAUCCGCAAAUAGUAGCUCGCGAAUUAGGACAUCUGUCGUUUUGGUCUUGGCUCGGAGGCGGGCAGUGUUGAAAAGUCCUCCAUCAGCUCUGGUGUGUAACCAGAUUCCCUCACUGCUAUCCUUGAAUGCGUAUCGAAGUAGUACAGAGAAGAAUAUUGCGAACAGUGUUGGUGCGAGUACACAACCUUGUUUAACUCCGCUGCUGACUGGAAAGGCUUCUGACUUGGCUCCAUCGAACUGCACUGUACCCUGCAUAUUUUCAUGGAACUCUCUGAUGAUGGCAAGUAGGUGAGGGGGACAGCCGAUUUUUGCCAGUAUUUUGAAUAGCCCGUUGCGACUGACGUAAUCAAAGGCUUUUGUAAGGUCCACAAAGGCAAUGUACAGUGGCAUCUGCUGCUCUCUGCAUUUUUCCUGGAGCUGUCGUAUGGAGAACACCAUGUCUAUGGUAGACCGCCCAGACCGGAAACCGCACUGAGAUUCUGGAUAGACACGGGAUGCUAGACUCUGUAAACGUGUUAGUAUGACACGGGCAAAGGCCUUUCCUACAAUACUAAGGAGUGAAAUGCCGCGAUAAUUAUUGCAAUCACUCCUAUCACCUUUGUUUUUAUAUAGUGUCACUAUAUUUGCAUCCUUUAGGUCUUGGGGGAUGUAGCCCUGUUCCCAGCAGAGGGACAGAAUCUCGUGCAAUGGUUGGAGUAAAGCUAUCUUACCACUCUUUAGAGCCUCUGGUGGUAUUCCAUCAUCCCCAGGCGCUUUUCCACAAGCUAGGCUAUCAAUAGCUUUGUUCAGCUCUUCCUGUGAGGGCACGACAUCAAGUUCUUCCAUGAGUGGCAUAUCUGGUAUGUCAUCUAGAGCGGUGCUGGAGACUGUGGUAACUGUUGAAUACAAUUCCAGAUAAUGCUCAACCCACCGUUUUAGCUGUGCUGCCCGGUCUUGGAUAAUUUCUCCAUUUUUGGACUUUAGAGGAGCAACUUUGGACGUCAAGGGGCCAGUUGCCUUUUUGUUGUCGUACAUUGCUUUUGCAUCGCCCAUAUCUGCAGCUGACUGUAUGCUGGAACAGAGGUUAAGCCAGUAGGUAUUGGCACAAUUACGUGCAACCUUUUGGGCAAGUGACUUGGCUGUUUUUAAGGCAUGCAACCUGUCGGGUGUAGGCUUUUCCUUGUAAGCCGUAAGAGCUUUCCUUUUGGCUUCAGUGACAGGUUUCAUCUCGUCCCAAUGUUCAUCAAACCAGUCCGUGUUUUUGUGAGAUUUUUUGCCAAAGGCCUGUAUUGCGGAUGUAUAGAUUGUGUCUCUGAGAUGCGUCCAUUUCGAGUCAAUGGUGACGCAUGGGGACAUCCUUGAGAGCUGCCGGUAUGUACAUAAGGGUUUUAUGUAUAGACCGCCUAUAGGUGCUCCAUUUCCUGAUUUUCUGUCGGGGUUUACUCCCUUAGCCUUUUCCCGAAGGGUAUAGCCGCAAGGCAGCGGAGGAUUUUUGAAGUCGGAGUUUCCUUCUCCUAGCCGUAGGGGUGCCAGCACCAGGAUUCGAACCCGUGACUGAUUGAAAUUUAUUUUGAAGUCUUGGUACCGCAGCGCACUAUCACUUUGACCACCGUGCACAUCACUACACAUUUAAUCAGUGACAUCAAUUUGAAAACAAAUAAUGGGGUUGGGAGUGGUGGACACUAGCUAUAGACUACAUUGAAGUGAACAAAAUAGGUCAAGACAUAGGCUAUACUAUAACAUUUGGCAUAUGAACAAAAAUUAACGGGAAUUAAAUUUGAUAGUUCCUGGUGUGAAGAUCAAGGAGAUUAAUACUUAGGAUGACCUCCACUGUCGUUAACGCACUCACCCCUAGGUCUAACUGUUGGCUCCCUGGAAUAUGUCUAGUUUCAUGGUUUACAAGGAACAUACCCAAUGACACUUGAUUUUUCCUUUCUUUUCAACCUUUUUCUUUAUGUGGGCCAUUGUUGCAGGGCAGUUGCUACACUUUAACACAACACAUACGUGGUCACAGUACUAUAGUGAACACUUUGACACAACACAUACGUGGUCAUAAUACUAUAGUAUUAUGACCACGUAUGUGUUGUGUCAAAGUGUUUACUAUAGUAUUGUGACCAUGUAUGUGUUGUGUCAAAGUGUUUACUAUAGUAUUGUGACCACGUAUGUGUUGUGUCAAAGUGUUCACUAUAGUAUUGUGACCACGUAUGUGUUGAGUCAAAAUUUAUUUAAACAUUUUGUCAUCUUGUGAAAUACUUACAAUCCAAGGUUUGCUGAAUUACUAUAAAUUAUGAAAAGAAAACUCCCAUUGUCAUCCCUCAUUUAUUAUGUCCCUUUUAAAAAAAAAAAAACAAGUCAAGAGUCCAUAGAUUUGAGUUAAUUCAGUGCCUUUGAAGGAUGAUUUAAUACUGUUUGUGAUGCAUCAAUUAUCGACAGUUAAUUAUUUCCUCAAGAUUGACAUUCUCACUAUUGGUUUAGUUUUCGCCAAUGAUAGAUUGGUUGAAUUUUUAACAGGAUUUAAGCUAUUGUGUUAUUAUUUUUUCUAUUUUAUUAACAGAGAUGCUUGAAUCGUGAUGUUAGCCAAAGACCUACAACAGAUGAGCUUUUGAACCAUCCUUACCUUAAAAAACAGACAACAGGUAACGGAAAUGAUUUGGCUUAAAUAAAAUCAAUAAUAAUUUUUAAAAAAUUAUUCACGACAAAUAAGCAACAGUAACACAGUUCUACUCAAAUCUGUGAGCACCCAAUCAGUAAAAGGGGAACGAUUUAACUGAUUAAAAAAUAAGAAUUUGAUAAAUUGAGGCUGAGUCCCGCUCCACUGUGACUGGUUCCUUUUGGUCCAUCACACAUAAAUAUUGAGAAGAACUGAUCUUUUAACCCUUUCCGUCACAACAUAUUGUAUGUCCUGUCCGUCACAACUGGGUGUGGCACACCCAUACACUUAUUAUAUUGGGAAAAAGUGUUGCUAGCAACUGGGUGGGUUACACCCUUAGUCUUAUAUCACAGUAAAUGGCUCUCUUUAUGUUUAUAUUACUUUUUACACUGUGGCAUGAUUUAGUUGCCUUGUAACAAAACUCCAUUCACAUAUCACAUAGUUUCUCCCACUGAAGCAUUUGUUCUGUACAUUAAACUGACUCAAGCCAAAUAGCUGGUGGUCUGGAGUUCAAUCCCCACCAGAGCCAACAUCCCAAGCACCCUGGGCGGAUAGGACGGCAACUCAUCUAAGAGAAGGCAAACUCUGAAUUCAAACCAGGAGCCAAAAUGAUCAAUAAAUAGAUUGUGGGCCCUCAAAUAUGAAAAAAAGUAGCUGACUUCACCAACAAUGAAGGCAAGAAAGUAAAAGGAGACCAAUGGCAAGGGACUGAAGCAAUCAAAAUAAAAGCCUGCCUUCUACAAACUGACGCUCUUCACCUCAACAGCAUUGCAGUGGAAUUUUUAUUCAGCCCUAUUGAUGGAAAUCCUCUUUUUAGGGCAGCAUUUUCAGCAAACUUCAGCUGAUUCAUAUGAGCUUUGGCAAUGAGAAUACUAGAACAAUCAUUUCUGGCUCCUGACAUCUUCUCUCCCAUAAGAGAUGUAUGGGAAGCAUUCCUGACUUAUUUGGGAAUGUAUAUUGUUCCUGGAGAGAACAUCACAGUAGGUGAGCAACUGGUGGUUGGUUUCAGAGGUCGGUGCAGAUUUAUUCAAUAUAUGCCAAGCAAGCCAGACAAAUAUGAAAUAACAAUAUUCUGCCCCUGUGAAUAGUCUUCAAACUAUCCUCUUAGAGGCUGCCAAUAUCUCGACAAAGAAAAUGCAAGUGCCCUGUCAGCAAAGAGAAAUGUUGGAAUAUCCCCAGAGACUGCGAUUUCUCUCACAAAGGACUUCCAUGGAAGUGGCCAUAAUUUCAGAACAGACAACUUGCAGAACCAAUGACCAAGAACAGAUUCACCCUAUUUGGAACAGUGAAACGAAACAAGAUGUUCCUACUCAAGGUGUUAGAGGAAAAGAAGGCUCUGCCCCUCUCAAAUCAGUGUUUUUUGCAGACUAGAAACAACCUUGUCAAAUACCAGAGCUCGAAGCAGAAAAAUGCAUUGCUCCUGAACACAAUUGUCCAGAUAUAGAAAGUGAAAAUGAAAGCAAGAAACCAGAGAUUGUGCUAUAUAACAACAAAAUCAAAGGAGGCAUAUGGACCAAAUGGCGAAGAUGUUCUCUGUGAAUACAAAAAACUAAGAGUAAAAGAUGGCCUUUGUUUGUGUUUUUCAACAUUGUUGACUUGACAUCAAUUGCAGCAAGAGUGACAUUUAAAUAUAAAUAUCCGACUCACUGUCUCAUGAAGACAACAGUCAAUAUUGAUGUUGCAUUGUUCCUCACCCAUCCGCAAGUAGAGGCGAUUUGUCAGACGCACCAAGAUAUUGUGAGGCAGAACAUGGCCAGUGUUUUGAAAUCUUUACAAACACUUCAAACGGCUGCCCAAACCACUUCAACUCAGCAAGACAUAUUUGCAAAGAACAUUCUGUUCUUUUAUGUAAAAACUGUGCAAGCUGAGCUAUUUUCCAUGUGUACAUGUGACUGGUCUGCUUUGAAAUGGUUUGUCAAGUUGAAUAGAUGAUAUUAUUGUUGGUACCCCAGGACCCAAAUCCAUUUAGAAUAUUUAUUUAUUGUCAACAUUUUUAAAUCUAUUUUAUGAAUUACACAGAUUAAAAUAACUAACAAACAAAAACCAAUAAAAAAUGUUCACAUUUAUUAUUAAAUUAUGCAUGGGUGUGUUACACGUUACACCCAGUUGUUAUGGACUGUAGAAAAAAUGUUUAGGCUCCAAAAAACAAGUCACUUUCGCAUGCUUUAUAAUUUAUUCAAUUGCAUCCAUCAAGGUGUUCCUUUCCUUGUGGAUCAUGUAGCUUAUGAGAUUAUUAAAAGAAGACUCGAGAUAUCAGAAAUCAAGUCUGUCUCUGGGUGUAUUACACACAGUUGCGAUGGAAAAGGUUAAAAUUUAUAGCUCAUCGCUAUCUAAAGGCAUUUUUACCCUUGAAACUGUAAUGCUAAUAUGAAAGAAACUUUUUCUUGUUGAAUUUCCAGAAGAAAAACCAGGCCCAAAUUUGGCUGCAAAUCUCAAAAUGAUAGAGGAAGGAAUAGCAGAAUCAUCUCCCAUGACAAAGCAAAAAUAUAUUCAAGUAUGUUUAGCUUUUCUUAUAUUUAUAUCCUAUAUCAGACCUGAUUACUCUUACGAUUUUGGCAUACAAUGUACGAUUUUGAGGUGUAUACGAUAUAUAUACCUUAUAUAAGGUAUGUAACGAUUUUGUGAUAUUGUACAAUUUUAAGAGUUUGAGGAUAAACAGGUCUGCUAUAUGUUUUUUAAAUACCUUUGAAUUUUGAUAGCAGAUUUUAUUUCAUCUGAAAAUUAUUUAAUGAGAAUCACUACAAAGCAAUAUGUUUUUAUAAAAAUCCUUUAUUUUUAUAUUAACUUCACUUUUGUUUGUGAGUGGCUGACGGGGUGCAAAAAUCUUCAGUCUGCUAAUUGACCCACUUCCCAUCAAGCUAUAGAGCUGAAACUUGGGUUAUAGGCUCGUUACCGAUGGCAACACAUUCUUUCAAAUUUUCAAACCCCCCCCCCCCCCCCCCCCCUCCCUUCCCCCAUAUCAGUUUUUCCUUUUUUCAAGGGGGAAGAUAAAACAAUAAAAUUCCUGAUAACUGUGCAAAUUGAGAUUCUGUUUAAAAAAAAAUGUUGCAAGUGCAUUUGGUGAAUAAUAUUCUCAAAUUGUUGGUGAAAUAAAUCUGCAGUGUAAAAGCGGUUGGGUCAUUGGAAUAUUAGAUAUAGUUCAGUGGCAUGAAAAAAAUGUGCGAUUGUGGGGGGGGGGGGGUUACAUAUUGGGAUUCUUAUAAAUGCGUUAAAUUUUCAACCCCAUUGCUCAAUAUUACAUUUUAUUAAGGAUUUAUACGAAAAACAAAAUUUUUAGGGGAUGUUUAAUUUAGAGUUGGUUAUCACAAUAUCUCUCAUCUUUUAUUCAAAUGUUACAUUUUUCUUUAAUUUUACAGAGAUUAAUAAAGGAAUUGGCAACCAGAUACGAAGGAAUACAAAAUACAUGAUCAAUUUUAUGUUAGUAUGUUUAGGUUUAGUGCAAAUACAUUUUGAAUGAUUUAUGUAAAAAUGGUACCAAGUGUGUCAUGCAUUUAUUAUCAUUGUAUGGAGUUGGUGUCUUUCCAAUAAUGAGAUUUUGCAUAUGGAAAAGGCUCAAACUAUGCACACCUUGGGAAAGAUUAUGAUGGGCAUAGAAUCUUGAUGUCAUAAGUGUAACCCCAAAUAAUUCUGCAGGUUUUUGUAGCAGUGCUGGUUGAUUCCAGACAUUUUAUUUACUUUGAUACUUAGUCAUUUUGGAGGUCUAUGCGUGAUGUCAUUUUGCAUUCUUCUGGUUCUUAGCAGGCAGUAAUAUUUCAUUUUGAAAUUUGUAUUUUUUGUUUAGCCAGGGUGUUGUAUAUAAUGGCUCCUUUUUUAGUAAGUCUAUUUCAUUUCCUCUUGUAUAAUGUUAAAUUUGGAUCAACUUGAAGUUAAAUUGAUGCAUUAUUUAAAUUAUAGUUAACUUUUGAUUCAUUUUUUUUUUUUACCUGAGAGUCUGGUCUCUCAUGAUAACCUGAAUGUUGUUCAAAAGAAUACACAUCUACCGGAAGACCAAUAUUGCAUUAAUAAAAAACAUCUCAACAAUUUCUUGUAUAAAUAUAUUGUUAAAAUAUACUUUAAACAAAUGUGCAAGAUUUAGCACUUUAUCUUGCUUGAUACUCAUUAAUGACUUUUUUGUUUUUUUUAUAUAUUUGCAUUGCCUCAUGAAGUGCUUAAGACUACUCUAGCAUUUUUCAAGUUCCCAUCAAGAGUACAGUAUUGUAUGUAAGAUGUUUGCAUAUGACUUUGAAGCUAUGAAAUUUAGACUUUUCACUGAUGCACAAUUCUAUGGAUAAAUGCAUAUACCAUACCCAGAC